ACUCCGGCGCGCGCGCGCAACCCCGACGUCUGGCGGCGUCGCGACGCGGGAAGGCACUCGGCGCUAGCACGGGCGUCGGCGCGGCCGGGUUGGUUCUCCUCUGUCCGGAGGGGCAGGCGCGCUCCCGUCUCUCUCUCUUUUCUCCGCCGCGGAGAAGAAGACAAAAAAAAAAUUGAAAUUCUCGCCGAUCAGGAUUUAAGGACAUGAAGGACGAAGGACGGUUCACGGUGCGGCGGCUGGAGGAGCUGCCCGCCAUGCGUCACGUGCCCGAGCACGAGGUCCUGGAGAUGGACAAGAUGGACGCCGCCGGCAGGACCACUCCAGACGCCAACUCGGCGCCGUGCCCGCGCGAGGCGCGCUGCGGCAGGAAGAUCUCGCUGGCGCAGCUGACCAUGGAGGCGCUGCCGAGGCUCGACAACUACAAGAACACGGUGCAGGCGACCAAGCGGCCGUCCAUGGGCCACCUGCACGGCGAGGAGUACGACGUCAAGGACGCCGAGGAGACGGCGGACGACCCCUCGCCGGAGCCGGAGUCCCACGGCGUCAAGCUGGGCUGGAUCCAGGGGGUGCUCAUCCCCUGCAUGCUCAACAUAUGGGGCGUCAUGCUGUUCCUGCGGCUGUCCUGGGUGGUGGGCCAGUCCGGCAUCGGCCAGUCACUUCUCAUCAUAGCGAUCUCAGCAGUGGUUUGCGUGCUGACCACGUUGUCUUUGUCAGCUAUCUGCACCAACGGGGAAGUCAAAGGAGGUGGCAUCUACUACAUCAUCUCGCGGUCGCUGGGGCCGGAGUUCGGCGCCAGCAUCGGCGUCGUGUUCGCCUUCGCCAACGCCGUCGCCGCCUCCAUGAACACCAUCGGCUUCUGCGACUCGCUCAACGACCUGCUGAGCACCUUCGGCGUCAAGAUCAUCGACGGCGGCGUCAACGACACGCGGCUCGUCGGCGUCGUCGCCCUGGCCGUCAUGAUCGUCAUCUGCGCCGUCGGCAUGGAGUGGGAGUCCAAGGCUCAGAAUUUCCUAAUCGUGAUAAUUGUUGGGGCCAUCAUAGAUUUUAUAGCUGGAGCAUCUGUUGGCCCAAAAAGCGAAGAAGCCAAAGCUAAAGGAUUUACUGGUCUAAAACUGGAUGUAUUUUCAUUGAAUUGGGGACCACAGUACACGGAUAAUCAGGACUUCUUUUCCGUGUUUGCCAUCUUUUUCCCAUCAGUGACCGGCAUUCAAGCAGGAGCUAAUAUAUCGGGAGAUCUGAAGAACCCGGCCGCCGCCAUCCCGAAAGGAACCAUGCUGUCGCUGUUCCUCACCAUGCUGUCGUACGCCGUGUUCGUGGUGUUCGCGGGCGGCACCGCGCUGCGCUCCGCCAGCGGCUCCGUGCAGGACCUGGUGGCAGGCAACCUCACCGCCUGCGGCGACCAGUGCAGCUUCGGCCUCAGCCACAGCUACUCGAUAAUGCAACUGAUGUCCCUGUGGGGUCCAUUCAUAUACGCCGGCUGCUUCGCCGCUACGCUGUCCACUGCCCUAACGAACCUGCUGUCGGUUCCAAGGCUCAUUCAGGCUCUAGGCAUCGACAAGAUAUAUCCGGGACUCAUAUUUUUCUCCAAGGGCUACGGAAAGGCAGGCGAACCGUACAGAGGAUACGUGCUCACCUUUGUCAUCUCUUCAGCUUUCUUACUCAUAGCCAAUCUGGACUUGAUCGCACCUCUGAUAUCCAAUUUCUACCUGGCAUCUUAUGCUCUGAUCAACUUUUGCACGUUCCAUGCUGCGCUCAUUAAACCUCUGGGAUGGAGACCUACUUUCAAGUACUACAACACCUGGCUCAGCCUGGUGGGGUUCAUUUUGUGCGUGGCCAUCAUGUUCCUUAUCAACUGGAUGACGUCGCUCAUAACUUUCAUAAUAAUAUUCGCCCUCUACCUCAUUGUGGUGUACAGGAAUCCAGACGUGAACUGGGGCUCGUCGACCCAGGCGCAGACGUACAAGGCGGCGCUGGCCACGGCGCAGCGGCUGGACACCAUCAGCGAGCACGUGAAGAACUACAGGCCGCAGGUGCUGGCUCUGAGCGGGCGGCCGUACCUGCGGCCGGCGCUGGUCGACCUGGCGGGGCUCAUCACCCGCAGCCACGCGCUGCUGCUCUGCGGCGACAUAUCCCAGAGGAGGCUGUCGCACCGCACGCGGUCCUCGCGCCGCCGCCGCAGCGCCGCCUGGCUGCAGCAGCACAAGAUCAAGUCCUUCUUCAGCGUGGUGGACGGACUGCGCUUCGAGGACGCGGCGCGCAGCCUCAUGCAGGCCUCCGGCGUCGGCAAGAUGCGGCCCAACGUGGUGCUCAUGGGCUUCAAGAACGACUGGCAGAGCUGCGGGCCCGGCCAGCUGCUCGCCUACUUCAACGUCCUGCACAACGCGUUCGAGAACCGCAUGGCUCUGGUGAUCCUGCGGCUGCGCGACGGCCUCGACUACCUGAAGGUGUCCGACGACGCGGACGACGGGGUGCUGUCCGUGGGCGGCUCCAACGCCGACCUCGCGGCGGACGGCGGCGCCAGCCUCAUGCGCGUCGACUCCGACUUCAGCAUCAGCGGGCGGCUGGCGCGCGACGACUCCGACACCUCCAUCAACGGCAAAGGUAGCAGCAUCUCCUUCGUUCCUGACAGUCCGGCGACGAUUGUCAAACAGUACUCCGUGAACAGCGACCAGAAAGUUGGCAACGGAAGUCCGAAAGCCAUACUUCGGUCCAAGAAGAAAGCCAUUGCGGAGCACAUCCUAGGAAAGCAGGCGAACAGCGUGGACAUCACAGCCACAGUGCCGGAGAGCAUGUCGCUGUUCAGGAAGAAGCACAAGGCUGGCACCAUAGACGUCUGGUGGCUGUACGACGACGGAGGAUUUACGAUACUGGUUCCAUUCAUCAUCAACACGAGGGCCAACUGGUCGUCGUGCAAGCUCAGAGUCUUUGCGCUGACCAAUAGGAGGCAAGAACUGGAACUGGAAACCGUAAACAUGGCCAGUCUCUUGUCCAAGUUCCGGAUAGAGUACUCGCGUCUCGUGAUGGUGACGGGCAUAACCGAGCAGCCGAAGGAAGAAACUGUCAGCUGGUUCAACGUCCUGCUCGAAGAAUAUCGGGAGAACAACGGCUCGCCAGACAGUGAGUGCGCGGUGACAGAGGAGGAGGUGUCGGCUCAGCGAGACAAGACGAACAGGCAGCUCAGGCUAAGGGAGCUGCUGUUGGAGAACUCCAAGGACGCUGCGUUGAUCUUCAUGUCGCUCCCGAUGCCCAGAAAAGGUUCCGUUUCGGCACCGCUCUACAUGGCUUGGCUGGAAGCACUCACGAGAGACCUGCCGCCGUUUAUCCUCACCCGCGGCAACCAGAACUCUGUUCUCACUUUCUACUCAUAGAUAGCGCGCGGGAAGCACGUCCGUAGUACGUAGUUGCCACUGUGGCUGCAGAGCAGCGCUGUCGUGGGCCGGUCGCACUACGGAGAGCUCUGCCUUGCAUUUUUGAAAUGACGUCGCUAUGAAUGAUGAUAACCAAAGAAUACAAAAUGAAAAAGAACAUGAAAUAAUAAUGAAUUGCAGCUGUUGUGAACAGUGCACGAAUAAUGUGAUUCAAAUGCAAAAUAUUCGUAUAGCCUACAUACUGUGCACGAGCCAAAAUUUAGACUUUGUUUAGGAUAUGCAGUGUUUCGGUUUAAAUUUGUACUAUUUAAGGUAUCAAAUUUGAGGUAGUUAGUAGAAAUAUUUUAAUUAUUUUAAAGCUUGUAUGUUGUAUGUGUUCUGUGGUACCAAAUUGCAUUUAUGUAUUUCAUGCGUUUAUGUUAUAACCUUGUGUGUUUGAUACCUAAUCGGAACUACAAUGGAAAUAGGUACCAAUUAUUAUUUUUUAAUUAGUAGGUAGUAACUGGCGAAUGAUGCAGUAAAACCUGUCAAAAGAGAAAAAAUUAUCUAAGUAAAAAAGUUGAGGCAGUGUUCAAAAAGGAAAAUGUUUUUUUUAAUUUAAUAUGUAUAAUUAAAAAUGGUGAGUAAUUUUAAUUCUAGUUCACCAAACCAGUUGUUUAACUCAAUACGCAUUCCUUUCGCUAUAUUAAACCAAUAUUUGUGAAAAGUUUAUAAUUGUGUUAAUUCGAGAGGUUUAAGUAGAAGUAGUUUUUCUGUGCAAAAGUUAUAUUAAUCAUUCCCAGAUUAAAAAAUAUAAUUAUAGUAUAAUAUUACUGUCAUUUUAGAAAUAUUUUUAUACGGAAAAAUUAUAAUAAGUAAAUUUUAAUACAUACUUUAUCAAUCACAAUUAUAAAUUAUACAUGAACCUAUAUUAAAAAAAAAUCUUUCAUCUCUUACACUAUUGAUACUCCGAAGUUAAUCGACGGCCAUUGGCUGUUCCCAAGCGUAGUCAGGAGUAUUGAUAUCAAAAGUGAGAAUUAUAUUAUUUUAACCUCUUAAUGUGCUUUGUGUGGCUGUGAAACAUAAAUAAUUAAUGUAUGUUAUUCGUUGUAUAUAUGGGUUUAUGAUUUGCAUUGUAAACAGGACCUUAUUCACUGUAGUUGUAAAAAUAAUUGUACUAUAUUCAAAACGAAAAAUUUCUGUCCACCUUUUUUAGGCAUUUGCUUACAAAAUAUUACAUAUGCAGGUUUUAUUGUUGUUGUUUUUUUAACAUAUUCUUUAAGAAGGAUUGGUGUAAGAUGAGCACACAUUAUGUUACUUACCUAUAUAGACAUUUAUAUUACUGUUUAGCAACAAUUUAAUUUUUUCCUGCCAAUACUUAAGAAUACCCUAUCAAAAUUUUAUUAGCUUAUUAAAGCAAGCCAAACAAUAAUUGUGUUCUUUAAGUGCUGUAAAGAUUUCUGAGAUUUAAGUAUAGUUAAUUAUGACAGUAACAUUUUAAAUAUUAGAAACACCUUCUGAGAUCGAAGAGAUAAAGUUACUAUAUAGUUGUAUUAUGUGUGUUUAACCAUUUGUGGAUUACUUCACUUUCAAAGGGCGGAUGUCUCUGUGGUUAUCAAGAGGCAACAUUUUAUGCAACUCCCUUAACUAUCUCUAUUAAUCGCAGAAUCAUUGUCAAAGUGGUUUCGAUCGAGCCUUAAAAAUCUCCGGGAGGUGUGUAAUACCAAACGUAUUUAUUCUUAUACACAAAUAUAUACUUGAAAUAAUAUAUUUUAUUAAGUCUCUUUACCUGAAUAUAGGAUAGUAAAUUGCAACAGGUAUGAUAUACAUACCGUUGGUAUUUAGUUGUUGUUACAGCAUAUUUGUGAUUAAAUGAACUUGCAUUUUUGGGACCAAAAUUUCACUUAUAUUUACUUAAACUCUUUCUUUGUCUAUCUUGACGAUGGAUUUUAAGCGUAAUUUAAAUGUUUGCCAUUAUUUUAACACUUUUCUUAGGAACGUUCGUAGCACAACUAUUACGAUGUUUAAUAAAAAGUACCACACUAUUUGGUUCCGUGUAAGUAACGGCCCUACAAAAUCUUAUGUUUUAAAGUAAAAAUAUUAUAGCAAACUUAGCCUUUUGUUUCAUAGCAAAUGUAAUAAGCUAUAUUUUGACUAUUGUAAUAUACAUAUAAUACUGUGAAUGUGGCAUUGCACCUGAUAUACAAAUUUAAAAAUGCUGCUUUUUGUCGAAUGGUUAGGAUAAUGUAUUAGCUUUUUUCAACCACUUCUCGAGAGAAUUUAUAUAAGACUAGCUGGCCUGUCAGACGCUCUAUCGAAAUUUCAAUAAAUUUGUUUGUGAUCAUUUUGUGAAUUUUUGAAAAAUUCUUUUUAAUGUGUAAACAAACUAAACAUGAGAAAAGAAACCUAUUUCUGAGUGAUCAUUGUACCUAUUUACUUAUGAUUUUGGCCAUGGAUGUUCAAUUUGAGGAGUAAAUUCCGAAGUACGCCAGUUUUUUUAAAUUUUACAUGCGAGAUGAAUUCUCUGGGCAGUAUACCGCUGAAAUUCUGGGGAUUUGUGAUGUGCCUUGAAUGUGAUCGUCUUGGAACCAUGCGGUCUUGUUAAAAAAUGUAAGUCAUAAUUUAAAUAAGUCAGAAUUUCAAGUAAACGAUCAAAACAAAGAAAUGCUUUGAUUAGGUUGGUGCACUGUGACAUCACCAUUUCGUUCAUUGCAAUGAUUUUAGGUACACGACAUUUUUUGUUUUGUUGUCUGGCGCGUAAACAAACUACGCUGAUGGUUUCCCGACACGGAAACAGGCAACAUACAACUGACCACGCGAAAAGCGUGGAUUUUCAAUGUUAAUGCCGCAAACAUUCAAUGACUGUUACGGAAUGCAACUUAACGAGUUUGCAAUGCAUCAUUUAUUUGUCUUCUUGCACGAUUAUUCAAAUUCAUUGUCAAGCGAUUGGUUUUUCUACUGAAAAAUGAUGUCUCAUUCGAUGCAUAUCAUCUUCGUUUGUAUUUUCUCUUUCUUCUUGUGUACGCGCUGAACGUGUUUGUGAUAAUCGAUUCCGUUCGAUUUCGUUUCGUUCUUCGCGUUGCUAUGCAGUUAGAUUAGAGCGAAAAUUCGUUCGGUUGGUAGCACUGCGAGUUCUACGACCUAAACAGCUCCGUCUUAUUGGCGGCAUUGCAAUGUCGUUAACAUGUGUCCAUCAAUUCAAUUGUUUCAAUUGCAACUCAGUGAGCGUUGCGAAUGAUUACAAUUCAAUUAAACAUGAACAAUUGAUUCACUUUAUUGAUAAUGUAUAACAUUUUGUCACCUCAAAACUCACCAUAUUUUGUAAGUUAAUCUGUAAAUAUGUGUGAAAUAAAAUGAUGAAACUUACGUUAUUUCAAGAAACGAUUGUGAUGAACUAACAACAGAAUCACAAUUCAACUGAAGUUAAACAAUUGGUGAGCUCGAAAAAAAAAACGGGAAACAAAUGUAUUUUUAAUUUUAAUAUAGACUAUAACGCCUUUAUUAUUAUUUUUCUUAAUACCUUCCAGUUUUGUUUACAUUUGAAAAUAUUAAAUUGAUUUAUUUUAAAUUCUGUGAGUUAAACGAACUAAAAUAAAUCUAAUAUGUUGUUCCUAACAUCAGUUAUGAUCGAAAGUACAUACCAAAAUUAUGAUUUUUGCAGUUUGUUAUAAUCUUCCAAAUUUCCUUUUUUCCCGAAAAUCUUUGUUGCACCAUAAAGAACAAAACGAAAAUAUAAUUACUUAUAUCAAUCGUUCGAAAUUUGAGUUUAAGGUAUUAAGUUCAUAAAAAAAUUUCAUAUAAAAAAAUCCCUUUCUGCACAGUCUAUAGGCGUACCUAGUUAGAUUUCGAAGUACCCAUUUCUUUGGAAAUAUUUUGGAAACUUCUAUAAACUCCUGGAAUAUUUUAAGAACUUAAUGUAGUCAACAUAACAUACCAAAUGUUCAUCAAAAUUAAAAAAAUAUCGACUAUAUAUUUUAUUAUAUUACAUACGGCGAACAUAUUUGUAAUGUGUUUUAUCUUACUGCUUCCAGUUUUUAAUGUCUUAACGAAUUUCAUAAUAUGCUUAAUAAGAUAGUCAUGAAAUUAUUUUUGAUCGUCUAACACUAUUUUUUAUCCCUUGCCCUAAUACGUAGUCGCAUAUAUUUUUGGGGAAAAUGCUUAAGGCAAUAUUCAGAUACUUAUUAAUAAAUUACGACGUAUUUGAUUAUAAAAAAGUAUUUUUUUUUAUUUUAACCCUUUUUUCUCGGCAAUAGUUCGUUUCAUCAAAAAUAGUUCCAGCCAAAGGUUAUAGAUAUUGUUGAGGCGUUUUACAAUCAAAUGGAAAUGAAAGCAAAUUUAUUAAAAAAAAAUAAUGACAUUUGGUUUUUCUUCCCCUAAUAUCUCUACCCCUUGCACGAAUGGUUUGUUCUAUCAAAAAUUCUUUCAGACAAAAGUUUUAGGUAAAAAUUAUCAAAUUUACAAACAAUUUUAAUGGAUUUGAUUGUGUACUUACGAAGGGCGUUAUGAAUAUUUCAAAUUCUACCCCUCAUUUUUUCAACACAUUGCAGCAAUAGUUCGUCUAAUCAAAAUUGUUUCAGGCAAAUGUUUUAGAUAAAACACAAUCUGUAUAAAUUCGAUGUUGUGUUACGAACGGAGUUAUUAUUUUUUGUCCUCCAAUGUUUGUUAUUCUACGCCUUGCAGUAAUGGUUGGUCGUAUAAAAAAUUAUUCUGACGAAAGUUAUAAAUAACAAUUUAAAGUUUUAAAGUAAAACAGAAUGGAUUUAACAGUUGUCAUGGAACAAACCUAUUAUGAAUUUUUUAAAUUCUACAUCUUUAUUUUUUCAACCCACCUGCAAAUGUUUCAGACACAAGUUAUAGAUAGAAAUUAUAAAAUUUACAAACAAUUAAAACAGAAUUAAUAUUAUACCUACUGAGGGAGUUAAGAAUUAUUGUUAAUUCACCCCCUAUUUUUUCAAGCCCUUGUUAAAAUAGUUUGCCUAAUAAAAUAUUGUUUCAGGCAAAUGUUUUGGUUAAAAAUUAUCAGAUUUAUACACAAUUUGUACACUUUAUAUAUUUUCCUACGAAGGCAGUUAUGAUAUUUUUUUAAUCCGCCAACAAUUUUUUUUCAACCCCCUGCAGUUAUGCUUGAUACUAUCAAAAGCUUAUUCAGACAUAAGAUCUUGGUAUUAUUCCUACGAGUUAUAAAACUUUCAAAUGGUUGUCCUAUUUUCCAUAUUACGGGAAAUAGGACAAUUUUUUUUAAUUUUCCGUUUUUAUAUUCUUUUGUUCGGAUAUCGCCCAUUAACUAACUUGAAUGAGAUUUUCCACUAAUAGAUUUUAUUUUUCAGUUUGGAAGUAAUUUGAAAAAAUUGUGAAAUUUAUCGUGUCCACAAAAUUGUUACACAUUUAUAUAUAUAUUAUAUAUAUAACAAUUUGAUUUUGGGGUCUAUGGACCAUGAAACGAAAAACUAUAUAACAAUUUAACAAUUUUCCGGAAGUGGCACCAUGUUAACGGCUACAAUAUGUCGUUUUUAUUUUAAAUCUACCUAAAAGAAAUUUCAAUUUUCCACUAAUUUGCAAGUUUUCCGGAAAAUUUUCCAUUUUUUUCAUGAAAACCUUAUUCGGAAUUUUACGAAAAUUAAAAUAUAAAAAAAUUAAUCGGCCCAGUUGUUCUCAAGUGAGGCGCUUACCAAGGAACAGCAUUUAAUUUUUAUUUAUAUAGAUGUCCAGCUAUUUAGUUUAUUCUAUUGGCAUUUUUUUAAAAGUGUUUUCCCCUUAUAUUUGUAUUGCACUUUCAUAAAUUUAAUUGGCUUAAUAUAUUGUUACUAUCUCAUUAUUUUUGCUUUGGGAUAUUGUUUUUAACGACUGUAACUUAAAUGGUUGAAAUGGUAUUAUUUGUGAAAUUUUUGUUCGAUUAAAUAUUAGUGCACUAUAAAGCAAGUUAAGAGCACAGCCAAUGAGCGGUAGUUGUUUUGUGUAAAGGAAUCACAGUCUUAAAUUGCAAAAAAAAUUGUAAUCGUGUGCCUGCAACUUUUGUAAACCAAAGGAAUACUUAUUUAUGUGCAAGAGUUUUGUAAUUUUUAUGUAAAUAAAUGUAUGAUCUUUU